CCAGAGGGGUGAGAUUUGAGGAAUAGGAGGGGCUUCUAAACGACUAGAAAUGUCAAUCUGAGCAAGGGAGUCCCAAUAAUCUAAAGCAAUCUGUAAGGACCUGACCUUGCUCCAUCCAGAUCAAUAGGGAAGUGCUGCUGGAGAGAAGACCAAGAGGAAGAACGCAGGGGCGCAAACCGGAUCGUUUACGCGGAGGAAAUCCACACUUUCCCGUGCGCGCACCUUUUGUUGCUCACAUGCUCUCACUGUAAAAGUGGAUAUCGAGGCAAUUCCAUUGCUUUGUGUGACCGCAGCAGACUUUCCCCCUCCAGCUUCUCACCAACAUGUCUUUCCCGCAGCUGGGAUAUCAGUACAUCCGACAGAUUUACCCUCCGCCAGGGGAGCGCCAGGGGAUCCCCAGCAACGGCCGAGCCGGGACGGAGCUCAGCCCGUCCAACGCACUCUCCAGCGUCCUCUCCACCAUGUACGGAUCUCCUUUCGCCGCGGCGGCGCAGGGCUACGGCGCGUUCCUGCCCUACUCCAACGACAUCUCCAUCUUCAACCAGUUGGGAGCUCAGUAUGAUCUAAAGGACGGUCCCCCUGUCCAGCACCCGGGCUUCGCCCCCCCUCACCCUGCUUUUUACCCGUUUGGCCAGUAUCAGUUCGGUGACCCGUCCAGACCCAAAAACGCCACCAGGGAGAGCACCGCCACCCUGAAGGCCUGGCUCAGCGAGCACCGUAAGAACCCCUACCCCACCAAGGGGGAGAAGAUCAUGCUGGCCAUCAUCACCAAGAUGACCCUCACCCAGGUGUCCACCUGGUUCGCCAACGCCAGGAGGAGGCUAAAGAAGGAGAACAAGAUGACCUGGACCCCGCGGAACCGCACCGAUGAAGAGGGGAAUGUUUACACCAGCGACCAUGAGGGGGAGGAGGAGGACAAGAGGGAGGACGAGGAGGAGAUCGACCUGGAGAACAUCGACACGGAAAAUAUCGAGAGCAAAGAUGACGACGACCAGGACGACCUUCCUGACCUCAAGCUGGACGGAAGGAGCGACUCUGAGAUUUCUGACGACUAUGAGGAUUUAGAAGGUCCGGACCAGGGUUUCCUGAAGGCGGUGGGGAAGGAGGGCAAACACGCGCAGCCCUUCCACAGCCUCCACCACCAUCACCACCACCACCCUGCUUUGGACUCAAAGUGUCCCCAACCGAACCCAGUGUCCGUUAGCUCCCCGCCCUCAGAGAACAGCCCUGCCCCGGCCCAGAAACCAAAGAUCUGGUCUUUGGCAGAGACAGCCACGGCCCCCGACAAUCCGCGCAAAUCCCCGCAAAUGAACGGCGGCGGUGCGGCGGGAGCGGCCGCGCAGACCAUCCUCACCCCCCACAGACUCAUCUCGCCUUGCUCCGUUGGGAAACUCCAGAACUGGUCGAACCGAGCCUUUUCGGCGCACCAGCUGGCUUUACUCAACUCCAGUCAUUAUCUGGGCCUGGCGAACCAGGCCGGCGCCACCAACCUGGCCCUCUACAGCAGCAGCAGGACGCCGGAGGACAAGGGUCCUGGUUCAGACACUCCAGUCACAGGUACAUGUCCCCGACACUGAGACAGACUCAGAGACAGAGACACUCCCACUUCCUGUCACUCACCUCUCAUUUUAGACCCUUUUGCCUUUUUCACCUCAUGGAGUUUUUUAUUCUCUCAAGGCCACAGAGGAGCAGUGUUACAGCUUAGAGAAACAAGUGCGUGCGUGCGUGCGUGCGACUGCUUUAAAAAUAUCCAAGAGCAUUUUAUUAAAAAGAAACAGAUGAUUUAAGGAGGAAUAUAAUUUGCUUUUAUUCGUGCUUGUUUUUGAUGUUUUGUAUAAAAGUUCGUUAGAUUUAUUUUUAAAUUCACCAGAUCCCGCAACGAGCUGGUUUGAGUGAAAUUAGCGCGUUUCUGGUCUCCGCCGCAGUCUCAGACAGAUCUAGUGCCUUGGGACGCAAAGAAAACAGUUUCAGAUCAAACAGGCUGUCAGGUGAAAGACAUCCGGGAGUCUGGGCUGAUGUUGGUGCCAUCUCUCUCUCUCUCUCUCUCUCUCUCUCUCUUCUCUCUCUCUCUCUCUCUCUCUCUCUCAUCUCUCUCUCAUUUUCACCCAAAUUAGCUUUGAUGCUAAAAUAUACUGUUAAAAUAAUUAUUAUUUUAUCUUUCAGUGUUUGUGUUCUGUCGCCAAGGCCUGUGUGUGUGUGUGUGUGUGUGUGUGUGUGUGUGUGUGUGUGUGUGUGUGUGUGUGUGUGUGUGUGUGUGUGUGUGUGUGUGUGUGUGUGUGUGUUUCACUCACUUGUUUGAUCAUGCAAAUUCACUCCAGGCUUGUUUUAGAUUGUCACUUGGUGUUCCAGCUCUCCACCAGGCUUUUAUUCUUCUUAUCUCUCGUUUGACAUUUUUUUUAUUCCUGUGUGUGUGUGUGUGUGUGUGUGUGUGUGUGUGUGUGUGCGCGCGCGUGCGUGCGUGCGUGCGUGCUUGUGUUACAUUUAAGGCCCAAGGUAAACAGAGUCUGGUCUUUAGCCCACCCAUCCUCUCGCAUUUAUUAUUAUUAUUAUUAUUAUUAUUAUUAUUUGAAUUGGAAAACGGAAUGUAAAUUAAUAAAACACAUCUCUGUACAGCCUACCUACAUUGUAAGCAUGUCCCGUGUAAAACUGCUAAUGUAAUAAUGUAUGAACCUGUUGUCUGUGAGUUUUUAUUUGCUUUAAUUUCUUUAUUUCCUUUUCUUUUCCUGUGAGGAUUUGAUGUUAAAAUGUUUUGUAUAUAAAGGUAAGAAUAUGUACAUACUUGUGAACGAAAUUGUACAAGAAAGUCUAUAUUUUUGGCAAAUAAAUGAACUGCUGCAACUUAAAAA